GCUGAUUCUUCAGCUCAAAGAAGAAAGGAACUUUUGCCGCUACACCAAGUACCGCCAGAGUACAGGGAGCGGCUACUACACAGAACUUUUUUUGACCUAACAAGCAGCAGCAGCAGACUGGAGAGAGAGAGAGAGAGCAGACCCAGAAUUAUGUAACAACUGCAGUUGCACUGGCACUGGCCGCAAAUUUGCAAGUCAAGUCACUGGAGAUGUCACUCCACACGAAUGGACACUCGGGACAGCUGAGCAAAGCUGCCGCCGCGGUCGCUGUGCAUCGUUUUAGGUCGGACCGGUCCGUUGGACUUAAUCUGAGAAUGAUUGUGCAAUAUUUGUGAAGUAUCCGUUGUCCUGGCAAGGUUGUUAUGGACGCACGCUGUUUGUGCAUAUAAACAUGUUUGCAGCACAAACACCUCAUUUUCUACCCUUGAGUUCAGUUUGGAGUUGCCUGCGAGAAUGAUCUCACGCCGCGACAAAUUGCUGCUACAGCCCUGGGAGCAGCUCCGUUAUGCACAGCAUCGGGAGAAGGUAUUGUCCGCACGCCCAGCCAUCGAUACGCAUACGCCGCGCUGCCACGAGCACGUGCAACGCAAAUGGAAAAAGCAACAGAACGAGCUCGAGCGUCAGCAGCAGAUUGAGCGUGAAAAUCUACGGCUUCUGCAGAAGCUGGGCGACAUCAUGAGAACGAAGCGAAUCAACAAUGUUUGGCUGGAGCCGCGACCCAAUUUCCUCAAUCGCGAAAAGCAAUUUCCCACACGUCCGUACUCCAGUUUGCCGGAAAUUGUCACCAUUUAUGGUCAGCAGCCGCCGGGUACGCUCAUCUAUGGUAUGCUGCCCAAGCCCACAGUGGUGGGUCGCUGUCCCACGUGCAGCGGCAAUCCGGAACGCACCGAGGUGGCCAUUCCCGAGCAGCGUACACCCUGGGCCCCGGCCCGAAAGUCAUGGAAUCGCAAGACACAACAGCCGCUGCAGCAGCAACGUUGCUACCACUGCGGCUCGUAUAAAAGCAGCGAGCGCAAAUUGUCUGAGGACUAUGCCUACUCCUUUGAUGGCUGAUGAAAGCGACGUGUAAGUUACGAAAAUAAAAUACACAUUUAUUAAUCAAGGCUUUGGUAUGUUGGGCGGCAGCGUGGCAAAGGUGAGAAAGCCUGUGUGUCCGGGCAACGUUUGAGGAUUGCUCGAGGUGAGAUACUUCUUCAGCUCCUUGGGUGUUUUGGUCUCCUCAGCGUUAG